GAAGCAAAUACACACACCCUGCACUCAGUUGAAAUCAGAAUGAAAUCCUUCAUUUUUGUCUUCGUGUUGGGGACGUGUGCCCAAGCAUGGAGAUGGCCGUGGGAAUCGAAACCAGAAGCACCAGAAUGGUCUCAGCUUUCAGUGACGUGGGGAAAGUUCGACAAAUUGCCGCAGGAUAAAGACGCAGCGAUCAAAACUGGAUGGAAAUUGACAGCGUCAUGUGACGCAGCCAAUUAUUUUGCUGGCAAUCGUUACGUUCUUAAAGGAGACACCGCAGUGAUGCUUCUCUUUGAUUCCAAGGGAAAGAUAGCUGGAAUUCAAAAUGGGAUUCCCAAGUCAGCUGUUGGAGACUUACGGGCUCCCUGGAUUCGUGAAGGGGAUAACUACGUCAUAACAGCUUACUUCACCGAUCCUGAAACCAUCUGUAGUGGACCCAGGCCCGUAACACCUUACUUAGGAGACCAACUUUUGCUACAGACUGGAAACAAGAUUUCUAACACCAUGUCGAUUCCUUUCAAGCAAGAGGAUUUGGCUGGAACUAAGUGGGUGCGCGGGGGCUGUUUCCCUUCCAUGGGUCGUCAUUACUGGUACAACAUCUCACCGGAUAUGGACUGCCGAGACUUUUACCCGAUGUUUCUGUUGUACAACAGGGAUCGUCUGACCGGUUUUGGCUGGGUCGCCAUUGGUAAUGCUGACAGUCCACGGUACGAACAUCCCCCCGCUAAAAGACUCGGGCUGGGAUUCUUCCUAUCAGCAACAAAGCCAAAAUGCAUAGCCAACCUUAAAUCAUUGACCACGCAACACGUCUAUUUGGACAAGAGACCAUACCUCAACCUCUGCUUUAUUUAGAUAACGCCGUUGCAGACACAACCUCUUUACUAGGAGCUCUCCUCUUUCCGUACCCUAAGGGCUUUCCCUGCCUCUGGAAGGGAGGGAAAGUGACCUGGAAAGACGGUCAUUGCAAAGUUGACUUUUCUCUCUAACAAGGGGAAAAUUUUAAAGGGAAUUUUGAAGUUUCAGGGUGAAGUAUAAUGAAUAAA